ACCCAUGGAAAUACACAUCAUCGACUGAAUUUGACUGAAUUUCAAUCAAAGCAGCGACAAACGCAGUAGCAGCGCAGUUCUAUAUUUUCACAAAUUUCAAUCUAUAAAAACUCAUCAGAAUUGCAGAAGGAAAGUUGUUCCAGAAACCUAUUAUUUUGUAAAGCGCAGCAAAUAUGAGUCUGGUCUGGACUUUGAUUGCUACAUUUCUGUACGCAGAAAUUGUCGUAGUUCUUCUCUUGGUUUUGCCCAUAGCCAGUCCAUACAAAUGGAACCGACUCUUCAAAUCGAAGUUUCUAGCGAUGCUGGCACAGCAGGCGCAUCUGUACUUCUUCCUCAUUAUGGGUGUAUUAAUUUUAUUCCUUUUGGAUGCCAUACGUGAAAUGAGGAAAUAUUCGUCCCAUGAAGCUGGCGGUCACGAACAUCUGAAUGUCGAAAUGCAGCACAGCAUGCGGCUCUUCCGUGCACAACGCAAUUUUUACAUUUCUGGUUUUGCAAUUUUCCUUGUGUUAGUCAUACGUCGUCUCGUUACGCUGAUCUCUGCGCAAGCAAACUUAUUGGCUCAAAGUGAAGCUUCGAUGAAGCAGGCACAAAGUGCCACCGCUGCUGCCCGCACAUUGAUGGCUGAAAAGAGUACCGAGAAGGCGAAGGAAGCCACUGAGGAUAGUACACUCACUGAGCUCAGUGAAUUGCGUAAGAAAGUACAAGAACUCACAUCUGACUUGAAUCGUGAGAAGAAGGACAAAGAAGCUUUAAAAUCACAAGCAGAAAGCUUAAACAAGGAGUACGACAGACUAACCGACGAGUACAGCAAAUUGCAAAAGAAGAUUACCAUUAGCGACAGUAGCAGCGGCAAAGGUGGUGAGAAGGAUGAUUAAACGAACUAAGAAUUCAGUACUCGGUAGAGAAAUAUUUAUAACUUAACCAUUAUAAAUAUAUUUUUGCUACCGUAGCACAUGUGCUGCUGUUGAAACGUUUUAAGCACUGUCGUUAACAUCUCAAAGAGACUUGAAGUUUGAAAUUGUUAAAAUGAAAAGUGAUGAGUUUAUCUAAAU